ACAAUCUAUAAUGGUACCGUGUAAACAAACAAACAUGGUCGCAAUUUUUUCUAACAACAAGAAAGUGACAACAUAGAUACUAUAGCUAUAUAGCCCAGUUUUAAAAUGGCAAAACCUCCACCAUUUACCCAUAUGUCUGCAUCAGGAAAUGGAGAGGUGUAUGAUUUAUUUGAUGCAAAUAAAUUUGAGCAAUUUGGUUGGAGAUGUACAACAAAUGAAACAGGAUUCAAAUCAGAUACUUUGAUUGGAAAUUGGAACGAAGAAAGAUAUGAUGUCAAAUAUUUAGCCAAAAAUAAAACUAUUCCUUCGCAGUUCAGCCAUUACUUUGUUUCAACAAAUAAAUCAGAUUUCAAAGCUGAUAAAAACAUCGAACAAGUGCCGACACAAGUCAAGCUACUUGGAGAAGCUCCUUGUGAGCCUCGCACAUUCCCCCGUCAUCAACCAGAACUCGAUCCGCUACAUUUUAAACAACACUACAAUACCUUCGAAAGUACCUCCAUGGCUGCUUAUAAAGAUCCCAGAGUAAUGAGCAGCUAGCGUAAUGUUUCGAACCAAACGAGUGUAUACAAUUUUUAAUAACACACUAUAAAAUUUUUUAUAAACUUUA